ACAAACUCAGUUACAGAAGGACAAGAAGUGUCAGAUAUCAGUCAUCUAUAGAGUCUUCUCAAGGAAAUUUAGUGACUCAUCAAAAUACAGGUGUAAUUAACCGUAGCAGAAACUUCAAUAAGAACACUCAAGAAACGUAAUGCAAAGACGUUAAAAGACUGGAGAAACUGCAGUUGAAUUAUAGAGGCAGAGAUGGACACUGGGUCAUUUAGCAGAAGACAAUGGGCAUCACAGUCUUUACGGAUAACAGCUAAAGAGAUAUCAUUGGUUGGGAGCCGUGGUAAGGGUAAUGCCAUUGCUGAACGGUUUUCAAAAUAUCAGAAAGCCGCUGAGGAGAUAAGUGCAGACAAAAAAAAAUUGUCUGUUGACAGUUUGCCUCCAACCUUGCGGUCCGGAAACCUGAGCUUGCUAAAGAAACGCUGGGAACAUCAGGACAAAUCUGCUCCUCAGCUAAGCGUGGCACCUGUGAGCAAAGCUGCUUCCUCCAAACCCAAUGGUCCACCAGAACAAUGCAAACUCGUGCAACAAUCCAGCCAGCAGCCGAUGUCCUGUGAGAGACCUGCAAAAAUAAAGGUGGAGGUGGAGACUAAACGGGAGCAGCGGGUGGAGGAAGAGGCAGAAAACAGAGCUGAAUCAGAUCCACUCUCUCCAUCUUCUGUGGAAAAACCGGCUGCGCCUCUCAACAACCUCAAAGUGAUGUUUCAAAAGGACGAAAGCAAGGUACAAAAAGAAGCAAGCAAGAGCACAGAGGACAUAGACACACAGACUGGAAAUAAAGCUAUUGAGAAUCCUGUCAUAGGUACACCCAGUCUGAAGCGCAGUGCCUCUAUAAGAGACAGGAUGACAAAGUAUCAGGCCGCAGUUACAAGACAGGCGUCUUUUACUAGACUGUGCUCUGUAAACCAGGCCGAGGGCAGUAUUUCAAACACAGAUCAUAAAGAGAAUACACCCCCUGCUGCUGAUCAACAGAGAGCGAACACCUUUCCAGAGUCAACCUGUCCAAAGGCCAAUGGAAUACAUGUUCACACAACAAGUUCCUGCACAGCAGCUCCAGUAUCAGAGAACAAAGAUCUGCCAAAAGCGACUAAGAAGUUUUAUGUGCCUGUCAAGGAGAGCUGUGUGUCAUGCCAAAAGACUGUUUAUCCACUGGAGAAAAUUAUUGCUGACCAGCAGAUUUAUCACAAGACUUGCUUCUGUUGUGCCUUCUGCAGUACCAAACUCAGAUUGGGGACCUAUGCUUCCUUAAAUGGUAAGAUCUACUGUAAACCUCACUUCAGCCAGCUUUUUAAGUCUAAGGGCAACUAUGACGAGGGCUUUGGCCAUCGGCCUCAUAAGGAAUUAUGGACGGCUCGAACAAUCAAAGAGGAAUCAGAGAAAAGUGAAAAGCCAAAAUGUCCAGUGGCAGAUCCUGUGUUGGUGAAGGCUCCAGAGCAACUGAGCCCUAAAGUGAAUGAGUCAGAACUCGCUGACCAAACCACAGUGCUGGAUACAAGAAGUCAAGCCUCUAGCUCUAUAAAAAAUACAACAACCACUGUAAUAGAAACAAGAAGAGUGAGAGUGGCAUGGCCACCACCUGCCGAAAAUGAAGAAAUCUCUAAAUUCUCCAGCCCACCCACUCAAAGUGCAAAGGGUCCAUUCAAGCUUUUCAGACCAAAGUGGCCUCCAGAGGAAGAAACUCCAUCCGCUCAUCAGAGCCCUAAAAGAGAAGAACUGAAAGGUCUGCGACGUAGUUCCUCGCUCAAAGAGCGAAGCCGCCCCUUUUGUGUGGCACCUAGCAUGAAAAUCUCCAAACAUAUACAAAAUGAGCUAAAAUCCUUUGAAAAACCUCGACGAGGAUCGCUGGAGGAGCUUCACUCACUGUCAAAGAAAAAAACAGAGAAAAACAAUGUGCAAACUGAGGCAGAAUUAACAGGUGAAAUAAAUAAAAUAAAUGAAGUAAAAUAUAAAGAGAACGUGUCCACUUAUCAAAUUCAAGAGAAUUCUGCCAAACCAGGCAAAGAAAAGGUGCUCCCUUCUAUUCUAAAAAAGCCACAACAAACGAAAAAAGAGGCUCAGCUACAACAAAGAAAAAAUGAGACACAGCCACGAACAAAAAAGAGGGAUGAGCCACAAAGCAAAAAUGAGGCUCAGCUACAAGCACAAAAGGAGACUGAGCAUAAGAAAACAAAGAGAGAGGUAGAGUCACAACAAACAAAACAAGAGGCGGAGCUGCAAGCAAAAAAGUCUGAGCCACAACAAGUAAAAAGGGAGAUUCUGAAAGAUCGCAUGAAAGAUAAGGGUGAAACGGUCAGUUGCUUCAACAGCCAGGACACAUUGGCCUCCCCACAUGUGGAAGAUAAAGCCCCCAUGACAUCCCAGGAUUCUGUAAGCUUCUGUGAUGGUGAGGAGGCUGAGGAGUCUCUGACUGUAGAGGAAAUGAUCAAGAGAAAUCGCUACUAUGACGAUGAAGAAGAUGAUGACGAGGAAGUGGCAUUAGUUUGAAAAGAUUUAUCAUUGAACUCCACUAUUACUCAUUGAAAUCCACUAUUACCCAUUGAAAUCCACUAUUACCAUAUGAUGAUUUACUCCUAAAUAUUAGAAAAUAUACAAAAAACACUUACAUGUUUUUAACUUACACACACAUAAAACAAUUAGUACUUGUACAUUUACACUACUGUUCAAUGGUUUAGGGUCACUUGAGUGAAAGGUUACAGGUUACAAAAGGUUAACCUUUUGAAAGUGUUUGUUGAAAUAUCUGAAAUUAGCUUUGUAGACAUAAUAUAGUUCUAUUUUUAAAAUUUUCACUGAUUAAUAUUUAAUUUAAAACAAAUGACGUGGAUCAAAAUGAUACUGCUGGUUUCUUUUUACCUCUAUUUCCAAAAGUUUAACAAAACUGGGAGAUUUUAACUUUUUUAUUUUUUAAAUUUGUUUAGAUUUCAUUUGAGUAGAUUUUAAAUGAGUAUUGUUGAUACUAUCAUAAAAACAAUGGUCAAACAGACUUUGUUUGCUUUUUUAACUCUUUUUAUUGAUUACUGUACAUGAAUUAGUUGAGGUUAAAGCCCAUUGCACAUUGAGUCCGAAAUUUGCAUCCGAAAUUUCCGCACGUAAAAAAAUAAAUACGACCUCACGUUGUGUCAAUCACAUUUACACAUGCUUCCAAUAUUUUCGUCCGUCAUAAAAAAAUUCGGACCGGGUUCGUCAAGCAUUUUGAGUGGCCUUUUUUAACAAUUCAGAGACAAACAAGAGCCAAGUACGAAAAACGCAUACGAAAAUUUCGGACUGUAUGUGCAAAGACCUUUAAUGUGGAAAUGACAAGCAUGUGUUUUUGUUAUGGUUCUGUGACAUGAUAUAAUAGUUAAAAAAAAAACAUUAAACAAAAAGAGUUGUUAAAAAAGAGCAUAUUUUGUUUUCAUACUAUGUGAGAGGAAGUGUUUCAUUGUUUGCAAUACUUAGAAACUGUACCUAAGCUUGAAAAAAAGCAGCCACAUAAGGAAUUAUUACAUAAGGAAGGGAUAAUCCACGGCUAGCCAUGCAUUAAAGGAUUUUAAUUCAGGACCUAGAGGCUAAGAACCAACCGAUGCGAAGCGAAGCGGAAUUAAAGUUGUUAUUGAUGUUUACAGUGUAAAUUUUGAUCAGACAGGUAAAAAUGACGUUAUUUUACCCAUUAGUUUAUAACUGACUGGAACUACCUGUGCAUUAAACAUUUUUAAUGCACACCUUCCAUCCAAUCAGGAUCAAAUAUUCAAACAGACCAUGGCAUAAAGGAUUUUAAUCCCCAAUGUGGAGACAUGGUUGCCUUCUAUCUCGCUUAUACCAUGGUCAUUUGCCAAGUUAAAAACAAGAAAAUAAAAAAUAUUUCAUAUGUAACAUUUUUAUGUAAGGGAUAAUGUACAGGCAGCCGGUUGUUAUCGCAGAAAUAAGCCCCUAGAGUGUGAUCAGGACGUGAAGCGGAGGGUCUUGUAUAACACUGAAUGGGGUUAUUUCGCAAUAACAGCCGGCUGCUUGUACAUUAUCCCGCUUAUUACAUGGCUACUUGCCACAUGAGAAAAAACUAGACAUAAAAUGUGAAUUUGAAUUAUUUUAUUAGCUCAUUUUUACUGAAUGGAGGCCUUCCGCGAGGAAAAGACGUUUAAACGGUUUUAAAGUAAGAAACGACGUUCAAAGUCAGGAACAGGCAAAUUGGUUUAAUCAUUUGUAAAAAUAAUGUUAAAUAUGUUAUUAAAAGACAUAUUUACAAUUACUUUUUGUGUAAUAUUAAACUGCCCCUCUCAAAAUGAUUUGCAGCAUCCGGGUUGUUAUUAGUUUUGAGCGGUUGUUAUUUGAAAAUAACAACCCUUGGAAUGUCGCGACUGACCAAUCAGAAUCAAGCAUUCAAAUGAACCAUGUAAUAAAUGUUAAUAAUCAUUAAUAAAAAUAUUGAUAAAGAUUUUUCACUUGUGGUAAAUGGCCUAACAAAAAAACUUCCACAUCUGCACGCAGCUAUGCGAUUAAGACCUACUGGAUUUAAUGACUUUUUCAGCAUGGCCAGCCUUGAGGAAAAAAUGUUCUUCUAUUUUCAAUGAUUACUGGAACUUAUGUUAAUUUCAUAUGUGUGUGUGUGUGUGUGUGUGUGCGCGCGUGUGUGUGUUUGCAUAGUCUUUCGUGUCAGGUAACUGUUACAUCCAUAACAGUCAAUAUUCAUCUUAAAUGGGUACAUGAAAAUUGAAAUAAAAUAACUAUUUUGUAGUCUAUAAGAGUCAUCCCUUCUCCAUUUUGUUGGGUAUUAUUGCUUCUGGUUUGCACAUUUUAAUUUACAGAAAACCUGCAAAGUAUGCUGUCUCUCAAAUACGUGUGUCCAUUUUUGUCACAUCCAUAACACAUGCUUAGACUGAUAUUUUUCGGACAUCUGGAAUACUGUAUAUCCUCAGGGAUUUGGUAAAAUAUAGACAUAUGAUUUAAUACAUUGGUAAAUACAUUCUCUGAGAAUUUAUAUUUCAGGUUUUGGCUGAAAAUGUCACAUCCAUAACGCUGGAAUUGCCCAUAUACACCAAGGCCUGUAUGUGGAGAAUUGACAAGAGCAAGAAAAUAACCAGAUAUCCUGCUUUGGUCUGGAAUACAUAAUAAAAUCAUGCAUGGGCGCCGGAACCAUUGUACUGUAUGAGCACCCACCAGCUUUUUAAGACUAAUGAUAUUGGACCCUGCACUCACUUUUAUUAUUUCACUGUAUUUACUUGUAUUGUAAACCGCUUUAAGUUGCACUACAUACAUCGCAGUUUAUUUUAUUUCAUUACUAAAAUGACACUACAUUUCGUUUGUUGACAUACUUGCGCCAUUUGUGCACAUACUUGCAAAUUGAAAUGUAUAAAUGCGCAACAUGAGGUUCGAACCAGCAAAUUUGCAAUUUAAUUUAUCAGGUGUGCCACUCAGUUGGCUUUCUAGAACCAGCAGCUUUCAAGGGUAAUAAAAAAAUAUAAAAGAGUAAUAGCUCACGAACGCAGGUAUUAAAUGACCAGUGUUGGGUAAGUUACUCUGUAAUUAAUACUAAUUAAUUACUAGUUACUAAUUACAUAUUCAAUAGUGUAAUUAGAUUACUGUACAAAUUACUCUCUCCAAAAAGUAUUUAGUUACUUAUUACUAAUUACUUUCUAUAUCCUAUAUCCUUGAUUAGUUAAGUGAUUCAAGGAUAGACAUGAAACGGCUCUUUUAAUUUAUUCAAAUAAAUAAUAUAAAAUUACAUAAAGUACUCUUAUUAACUGACCAAAGUAUUACAAAUGUGAGAAUUAUACAUUUACAUGCACAGAUUUUAAAGUUAGACUUUGCAUUUUGAUGUCAAUUCCACUAUUGCACACACAUAUAUUACACAAAGUAUUUAGUUUAAUUACAUCAAAAGGAACUGUAAUUAAAUUACAGAAAAAAUAAGAGCAAUCCCUUACUUUACUUUUUCAAGGGAAAAGUAAUUAAAUUACAGUAACUAAUUACUUAGUAACUAGUUACACCCAACACUGUUAAUGACAAAUGUCAGAAGUGUCAACGAAAGACAGAAUGUCAUUUUGUACUUACCACUUUAAGUUGUACUACAUACAUCGCACUUCAUUUUAUUUUAUUUCAUUACUAAAAUGUCAUUACAUUUCGUUUGUUUCCAUACUUGCACUAUUUGUGCACAUACUUAGGGUCUUGGCCCCUAAUUACCACUCAUGUGUUUUUUUCUCACUACACCACUGAAGCUGCUGGUAAUCUUGCAUCAUUUUUCCUCAAGGUUUUUCUGGGGGAGGACCCACCCAAAUUUUCUGUGCUUCUGCCGCACAUGGAAUUAUGGAAAAGUGCCCCACUAGCCUAAAAUGCCAUAAAUAAGGUCCUAAACAACCUAGGAUUAUAACAGAUUACUACACCAGGAUAACAGAUUACUACACCUUUAGCCUUAAAUCUAAAGAGGUCUUUUAGUGCAAAUAGUUGAGCACUGGGUUAGCAGCACAGAGAGGUUCGAUGCCAUGGAACCCACAUAGGCUACAGUUCUGAUCAGAAGUAUAGCUUGACUGCUUAGUAGGUCUCUUUGUAAAAGCAUCUGCCACGAUGUAUAAAUUGUAAUGUCUGUUAUACACUUCUGCACAGUGUUGAUUUUUUUGGGUGUACUAGUAUAGAUUUUCAUGCUUGGUACUAUGAAAUCAAACCUAACAAUUCAAUAUUU